AUGUCACGCCAGCUUUCCGUUCGCCGUUCCCGGAGGCCUCGGUCUUCCCCUGCCAUCCGCUCCCUCAGUUUUGAGGAAGAGGAGGCGGUGGAUGACCCCAGGCCUUCGACUUCUAGGGGUGUUCCUCGCCUGAGGGAUGCACCUGACCCUCUCCUUUACACGUUUUGCCAUUCCUCUGACGAGGAAUGUGGGGACUCGGAAGAGGAGUACACGCCGCCAGCGAAACAUCGCAGGACCAAGGAUCAUUCCGAUCCUCACUUCGGCGAUGAUUCCGACUGGGAGGGCAGCGACUCGAAGGACGAGUCCGAGCUCUCCGACUGUGAGUCAGAGGAAGACUUCGUGCCGCUGGACGACACAUCGUUGGACUAUGACGAGAAUCUGGCCGAGUAUGUCAGGCGCCGCUGGGCUCGUACCGCCCCCGGUAUCUCCUCCUUUGUUUGGAGGAAGAGAGAGAACGAGCCACGGCGCUUCGACUUUACCACAGCUCCUGGGGUCAAGGUUCCUGACCUGGAUGCUGAAUCCACACCUGAAGAGGUCUUCAGGCAGUUCCUGAUGCAGGAACUGUUAGAAAAGAUCGUGCAAUAUGUUGCGCAGAAUCCACGGACGCGUUCUGCCCACACGAAGGGAUGGGAGGACACGACCGUGAAGGAGGUUCGUACUUAUCUUGGGCUGCGGUUCUUGAUGGGGCUACAGUCCAAGAGGCAAAUGCGAGUCUUCUGGUCUCGCGACCCUCUGAUGUCGUCGGCGAUUUUCCCGCAGACGAUGUCGCGCGACAGAUUUGAUCAGCUGACAGCAGCACUACACUUCACAGACAGCCAGGCCGAGCGUCAAGCAGAUGAUCGACUCUGGAAGCUGAGGCCUGUCGUAGAUGUGCUCGACAGGCAAUUUAGAGAAGUUUUUGUGCCAAACAAGGUCGUCUCCAUUGACGAGAGCCUUUGGGCCUUCAAGGAGCGCCACCAGGCUCUACAGUUCGUGCCCAACAAGAGAGCACGCAGGGGAAUAAAGGUAUACAAGCUCUGCUCGAGUUUGGGGCCAGAGGCCGGCUACACCACCGCCUUUCGUAUCUACAUGGGGAAGGAUCGCGGGGACGUCCCCGCGAGCAUGAAGCGGUGA